AUGCAAGGAUUAAGUAUUCAGAGUCUUAAGAAGCACAAAGCUUUGAUUCCGCUGUUCGUCUGUGUGGGAUUGGGAUGCGGAGCCUCUUUUUUCUACACGCUUCGGCUCGCCCUGCGCAACCCUGACGUGUCAUGGAAUAAGCGCUCCAACCCUGAACCCUGGGAAGAGUACAGGAACAAGCAGUACAAAUUCUACUCCCCUAACAUAGACUACACCAAGGAGGAGUCCCCUGCACCCAAGUAUUAA